AUGGCUAUGAUGAGCACACUUCGCUAUCCCGACGUCGAGCGAAAGGAACACCAAGACACAUAUGCCAGCAAGAAACAAGGCUCUGUCGUUGUCUCAGACUACUACCGCUGGUUAGAAGGCAAGGGUCCCGAAGUUGAUACAUUCGUUCAACACUUGCUCGCCAAGGACGGCACCGCGGCUUUGUCUACGUCUGCCUUUUCGAAAACUGGCAAAUACUUUGCGUAUGGCAUCAGUCUCUCAGGAUCAGAUUUUUUCACCAUCUACGUGAGAGAAACCUCAGUCCCAUUCCCGAGCCCCCAGUUCUCGGGAGAAACGCGCCCUGGUGGCGCCGGACGCAUGGACGACGAGAUCAAAUACGUCAAGUUCUCAAGCAUAGUAUGGUCACCCAACGACGAGGGAUUCUUUUACCAGAGGUACCCAACCAGGGUCUCACAUGCUGAGGCUGUAGAUGCCGCUGGGACCGAGAUAGAGGAAGACAAAUUUGCCAAACUUAUUAUCAUAAACUCGGAACUUCCCAAGGUAACAUCACCCGAUGGCCGGUACUUGAUAUUAUAUGUCAGCCGAGACACUGCCAGACAAAAUCUGCUUUGGGUUACCGAUUUGGAAGACCCAAGUAAUCCAAUCGGCCCCAACAUGAAAUGGAUAAAGUUGAUAGACGACUGGGAAGCUUCGUACAGCGUGUUAGCAAAUGACGGCCCUAGGUUUUACAUCAAGACCAACAAGGAUGCACCCAACUAUCGAGUGACGACAAUCGACAUCUCCAAUGAGGAGCGCGUGAAAAACCGGUCCUUCGUUCCGUUUAUCGACGAAGACCCGAAAGCACCGAUUGAACAGAUAAAGCCUAUCAACCAAGAUACUUGGGCUAUUGUCUACUCUCGAGACGUCAAGGACGAACUAUACCUAUUCAACAAGGAAGGCAAACAGGUCAAACGAUUGGCAGCCGACCAUAUUGGGGUUCUCAGCAUUUCCGGUCGGCGAGAUUUUCAUCGACUCUUUGUGACCGCUUCUGGGUUUACCAACCCGGGAGUUGUCUACUAUUACGACUUUGAGAACAAGGUCGAAUAUCCCCAUGAACCUGGAUUUGUAGCCGUCUCGCAUACCGAUGGGAUGCAAACCCCUAUGCCUCGAAAUGAUGCCGAGCCCGUCGCGGAACAGAUUAAAUACAAGAGCAAGGAUGGAACACUAGUGCCCAUGUUCAUCGUUAGCCACAAGGACGCCAAAAGGGAUGGAACUGCUCCUGCUAUUCAAUAUGGCUAUGGUGGAUUCAGUAUCUCAAUCUCGCCAUUUUUCAGCGCUGCAAUGUUGACUGUCCUCAAGUCAUAUGGUGGCGUCCUUGCGGUGCCAAACAUCCGCGGGGGUGCGGAAUAUGGUGAAACUUGGCACUUGGCCGGCACACGCGAAAACAAGGUUAAUGUGUUUGAUGAUUUCAUUGCCGCGACACAAUAUCUGGUCGACAACAAGUAUGCCGGACCGGGAAAGGUUAUCAUCAAUGGCGGCUCCAACGGAGGUCUCUUGGUGGCCGCAUGCGUUAAUCGGGCACCUGAGCAUACUUUCGGAGCAGCGAUAGCCGAAGUUGGUGUCCUAGAUUACCUUCGAUUCCCACAAUUUACCAUCGGAAAGGCUUGGACAUCCGACUAUGGCGAUCCUUCGAACCCGGAGGAUUUCGACUUCAUGUACCCGAUAUCGCCCUACCAUAAUGUUGAUAGGGGCGACAAAGUAUUACCACCGACAUUGUUGCUCACAGCUGAUCAUGACGAUCGUGUGGUGCCCCUUCACUCCUUUAAACAUAUUGCCGAACUUCAGUAUCGGAAGCCAACCAACCCCCAUCCUCUAUUGAUUCGCAUAGACGUAAAGAGUGGUCACGGUGCUGGUAAAAGCACCGAAAAAAGGAUUGUUGAAGCAGCAGACAAAUGGUCCUUUGCUGCUCACGCAAUGGGUCUCAAGUUUAGGCACACCGCAUGA